AGAAUGCUGGCUAGAAAUAACUCCUUAGUGACCGAAUUUAUUCUUGCUGGAUUGACAGACGAUCCAAAGCUCCAACAACCCCUCUUUUACCUGUUUUUAAUGAUCUACAUUAUCACCGUGGUGGGCAACCUUGGCUUGAUCAUGCUCAUUGGUCUAAAUUCUUACCUCCACACCCCUAUGUACUAUUUCCUCUUCAACCUAUCCUUCACUGAUCUCUGUUUUUCAUCUGUUUUCACCCCCAAGAUGCUGAUGAACUUUGUGUCAAGGAAGAAUAUCAUCUCCUAUGUCGAGUGCAUGACUCAGCUGUUUUUCUUUCUCUUUUUCGUCAUCUCAGAAUGCUAUAUAUUGACCUCAAUGGCCUAUGAUCGCUAUGUGGCCAUAUGUAAUCCAUUGCUGUAUAAGGUCACCAUGUCCCCUCGGGCUUGUUCUGUGCUAACUUUUGCUGCAUAUGUGAUAGGAUUUGCUGGAGCAUCUGCUCACACAGGUUGCAUGCUCAGACUAACCUUCUGCAAUGUUAAUAUCAUCAAUUAUUACUUGUGUGACAUCCUCCCUCUCCUCCAGCUCUCGUGCUCCAGCACUUAUGUCAAUGAAGUAGUAGUUCUCUUUGUCGUGGGUAUUAAUAUCACGGUACCCAGUUUUACUAUCCUAAUUUCUUACAUCUUCAUCCUCACUAAUAUUCUUCAUAUCAAAUCCACACAAGGAAGAUCAAAAGCUUUCAGUACCUGUAGCUCCCACAUCAUUACUAUUUCUCUCUUUUUUGGAUCAGCAGCAUUCAUGUAUCUUAAAUAUUCUUCUCCUGGAUCUAUGGACCUGGGGAAAACUUCCUCUGUUUUCUAUACUAACGUGGUGCCCAUGCUUAAUCCCUGGAUCUACAGUUUGAGGAACAAGGAUAUCAAAGUUACACUGAGGAAAGCCCUGUUUAAAAUCCAGAGAAGAAAUGUAUUUUAA